AUGUCUGCAAGCCAGUCCGCCUCUGAAUCAGAAACAGAUGUCAUCAUUCUUGGCGCGGGACCUGCCGGUCUUAUGGUCGCCUAUUGGAUGGCACGUUACGGGAUUCGAACCCGAAUUGUUGAUAAGCGCUCCACGAAGGUGUUUACUGGACACGCCGAUGGAAUCCGUAUGCGAACGUCGGAGAUAUUCGAUAGCAUGGGUAUUUACCACAAAGUUGAACAUGAGGCUCACCCGGCCGUUGAGCCUGUGUUUUGGGUACCUGGACCAGAGGGCAAGCUGAUCCGCCAGGGUCCUAUGACCCCGUCCGAAGUCUUCGAAUCGCCAUAUCACCACAUACUUCUGAACCAAGGCCGAAUUGAGCGGUUUGUGCUGGAUAGUAUACGAGAGAAUUCGGAUAUCGAAGUGGAACGUGGUGUUCUUGCGGAGACUUUGGAGUAUGAUGAGUCGCCCGGAAGCGACAACGCGUGCCCUAUAACUGUCCACCUGCGUACUACCGGUUCGGACAACAAUGUUUGUAUUCCGAGUGGUUUGGAUGACGACGAGUGGGAGGACCUGAGUCUUCAGCGAAAAAGUCAUCGUGAAACAAAGGAAACUAUCAAAGCGAAGUAUAUCAUUGGAUGUGAUGGAGCGCAUAGUUGGACGAGGAAGCAACUGGAUAUUCCAUUCGAAGGAGCAAGUACUGAGCAUAUAUGGGGUGUGAUCGAUGUCAUGCCAAUAAGCAACUUCCCCGAUAUCCGUCGACUUGGCACGGUGACUAGCCCAGCAGGCACGAUUUUAGUCAUUCCUCGCGAAAGAAAGUUAGUUCGUUUCUAUGUCCCCGUCCACAACGACGAGACCACAAACGGCCGCUUCGACCGCUCAACAAUAACACCAGAAAAGAUUAAAGCACGUGUGCAGGCUAUCUUAGCUCCUCACACUUUCGACUUCAAAAUCCUGGACUGGUGGACGGCAUACCAGAUUGGUCAGCGCAUCGCACCAACAUUCGCCAAGGGACACCAUGCCUUCCUUGCCGGUGAUGCCGUGCACACGCACUCACCAAAGGUCGGGCUUGGCAUGAACAUCAGCAUGCAAGACGGGUUCAAUCUCGGGUGGAAAGUUGCCCUGGUGGCAGCGAGAGUUGCCGACCCUGUGAUUUUGAACACGUACAACGAAGAGAGACACCGGAUUGCGGAAUUAUUGCUCGAAUUCGAUAAGAUUUGGUCGAGUUAUUUCACUGACAAGGCUAAGUCACCCGGGGAGGGGGCACCGGAUAAGACGCAAGAUAUGGUCAAAGUUGUGCAGAAGUACCAGGGGUUUGCGGAUGGUGUUAAGGCGUUUUAUGGCGAUAGUCCAUUGGUUUGUAAAUCGGGAAUGGAACGCGAGGGCCCAGUCUUUGCCCUUAACUUGGUUCCUGGGGAACGAGUUCGACCGGCAAAACUGCGCCAGCUGGCUGAUGCGACAAUCAAAUGGUCCAUGGGAAUUAUGGAGAGCAAUGGACCAUUCCGACUUGUUCUUCUUGCAGGAGACAUGCGUGACAAAGAGCAGAAGACGCGUGUGGAUGCUCUUGGUCACUAUCUGGCUGGCCAAGAUGACUCAAGGCCCUCUGUUCUGACGCGUUAUAAGUCGAUACCGGGGCGUUUCGAUAGUCUUGUUGAUACUUUGACGAUUCACAGUGUUCCAUGGACGGAGGUGGAGUUCUUUGAUUUCCCGGAGAGCUUGCGCCCAUUUGAUCCUGUUAAGGGCUGGGGAUAUGAGAAAAUUUGGUGUGAUGAUCUCUGUGUGUGGGAUAAAGAUUGUGAUGGAAAGGCAUAUGACAGGUGGGGUGUUGAUCGAGUUCGUGGGGCGAUGUUCAUUCUUCGACCGGAUCAGUAUAUUGGAUGGGUUGGUAAACUAGAAGAUGUGGAGGAUAUGACCAGCUACUUGGAUGGUUUUUUGAUCAAAAGAUAG